AUGGGUCUGGGUCUUGUCGCAACAAUCUCGAAUGCUUUGCGAAAUGACUUUCAGACUGAAUUAACCUCGUCAGAUAUGACAUAUAACAUGACUGGUGUUACUGUGGUGGCCAUUCUGGAACUGUCGAGUGGCAUCAUUGCUGCAUGCAUCCCGGGGGGUAUGCCCCUCUAUACAUGGCAUAAGCAGAGAACCAAGAGCAAAGCAACCAGCUCCUACAAGUCGACAAAUUAUCUCAACAUGCAAAAUAGGCGUAGUAAAAACGUCAAAGCAUCAUCAUUACACUCAUCAGACGCUGGUUCUAUGAACCAGUUUGUGCAGCCUUCAAAUGUUUGA